UGGAGUUUCUUAUUUUGUCUUAAAAAUGAGGAAUUUUGCAUUUUAUUUUUAUAUUUUUGUUUUCUUGAAAAUGUUUAAAACGCCACCCGUUAACUAAUUCAGCCCCCUCCGUGAACCAGUUCUUUCCUGUGGCUUCAAUGCCUUUUCACCCCCUCCCCACCCUUCUGAGUGUUGCUUUAUGCAUAACGGGUUUGAGAUAGGGAAGAAUCAAAUUCUAACAACGGUCAUUUUGUGCCUAAACUACUUUUAAGCUUUACCUACGGUCUUGACGACUUAGCAUGAGGCCAAGGUUCUAGUCUCACUAAGUUGUUGUCAUGAUUGACCGGCUCUUGUCUGAUCUAGUGUUGUCCCCCUUCAAAGGCACUGACAUGGCAGCCGGAUUGGUCAUGCAUAAAUUGUGAUAGUUCUAAGUCACUUAUGCUUUGGUUGGUAACAGUGUCAAUUUCUGGAAAUGUUACUAAUGUAGAAGAGGCCAGAAGAAUUUAGAUGGUAGAUUUUUUUUUUUUCUCUGUCAGGAACAGCCUGCUCAUUUUAUUUUUUUAUUUUUGAAGAUUUUAUUUAUUUGACAGAGAGAUAGAGAGACAGCACAAGUAGGCAGAGUGGCAGGCAGAGGGAGAGGGAGAAGCAGGCUUCCCGCUGAGCGGGGAGCCCGAUUCGGGGCUCGAUCCCAGGAUCCUGGGAUCAUGACCGGAGCCGAAGGCAGCCGCCUAGCCGACUGAGCCAUCCAGGCGCCCCUAGAUGGUAGAUAUUUCUGGUGUUUGGAUACUUAAAGAAGAUUAUUUGAAGACUGCUUUUGGAAUCAAAUAGCAUGGAUCCCAGCAGUGACUACCAUUUCCUCAAUCAGAUUUUGUGGAGAAGGGUGAAACUCACGUUGGUUUGUGGCAUAUUUGAGGGAGUACUCCAGCAUGUGGACCCUAACAAGAUUGUUGUCCUGAAGAAAGUGAAGAAUGUGGAGACUGGUCGAAGUGUUCCAGGAGUGAAGAUGUUUUUUGGGCAUGAGAUUCUGAACGUGGAACUACUGGAUGAAGUAGAACAAGGUGUGAUGAGAGAAAAGGCAUCUUCUGUCAGUCUAAAUACAGAAAGAACCAGGAUGGGUGAAGGUGAAGACCUGAACAUACGUGAGCCUCUUUCUCCUGCCUCUGAGGCACUAACCACCUCUCCGCUGAGUGACCUCAAGUACAGCCCAUCAGAGGAAGAGGAGGUGACAUAUACAGUCAUUGAUCAAUUCCAGCAGAAGUUUGGUGCUGCAAUGCUCCACAUCAAGAAGCAGAGUGUCCUGAGUGUGGCAGCCGAAGGUGCUAAUGUGUGUCGUCAUGGGAAACUAUGUUGGCUUCAGGUGGCCACAAAUAGCCGAGUUUACUUAUUUGACAUUUUCCUUCUGGGAAGUCGUGCUUUCAACAAUGGACUUCAGAUGAUAUUAGAAGACAAGAGAAUUUUGAAGGUUAUCCAUGAUUGUCGUUGGCUUUCUGAUUGCCUCUCUCAUCAGUAUGGAAUUUUGCUGAAUAAUGUCUUUGACACACAGGUAGCAGAUGUCCUUCAAUUUUCCAUGGAAACAGGUGGCUUUCUUCCAAACUGCAUCAGUUCUUUACAGGAGAGUUUAAUCAGACACCUUAAGGUAGCCCCUAAGUAUCUCUCCUUUCUGGAAGAAAGACAAAAAUUGAUUCAGGAAAAUCCAGAAGUGUGGUUCACACGACCUCUUUCACCUUCCCUACUGAAAAUUUUGGCCCUGGAAUCUACCUACCUACUACCCCUUCGUUUGGUACUCCUGGAUGAGAUGAUGUCUGACCUAACCACACUUGUGGACGGGUACCUAAACACCUACCGGGAAGGGUCUGCAGAUCGCCUGGGAGGCACAGAGCCUACAUGUAUGGAGCUUCCAGAAGAACUGCUUCAACUCAAGGACUUCCAGAAGCAGCGCAGAGAGAGAGCUGCAAAAGAAUAUAGGGUGAACGCACGGGGCCUCCUAAUAAGGACAGUGCUACAUCCAAAGAAAUCAGUGACAGAGACCGUGGGGAAAGUAGGGGUUUCCUUACUUUGUAAAAACUCUAUGCUAGAUGAAACUCCAAGUUUUACAUCUCAUCAGGAUGUAAAUUUGCUGAAAGAAGAAUCUAAAAAUAAACAAACUCCGACAGAACCUCAACAUCUACCUUCCAUGAAGGAAGAAACCAGUGAGGAUUGUAACAACAAACUCAUUUGCUCUGAGUCAGAGAUACCCAGACAGCAGUUUCAGACAAAUUUAUCUUUGAAAGAGGAGAUAGAACAGUUACUGAUGGUGGAAAACAAGGAAGAUCUAAAAUGCACAAAACAAGAAGUUUCAGUGUCUCUUUCCCUUCCUCAGGAAACUGGAGUGUCUCCAAGUGACACCUUUCAUCCUCUUAGAAAAGCUGUGCUUCCCACACUUCCUCCCUGUCCAGCCUUGGAGAAAACGGAAUCUUGGAUAAAUCUCUCUCCAAAUUUAUCUUAGAGAUGCGCGACUUAUUCUUGAGACCAUGAAGGUGGCUCAUUUCCUCUACCAAUAAGGCCUUCCUCAGUGCUUAAGUUUGUCAUGUUGUAAAUUUAGUUUUGCCUCAAUCACAAAGAAAGGAAGGCUUCAGCAAAAAUUAUAUCCUUUUGCUUACUCCUACAUGCCUAGAAUUUUAUUAGAAGGGAAUGAAUAACUUAAAUAAUGGAAGAAGUAAAUGUUUUGAUUAUGUCACUGUGCAGAAAUGUUCCCAGUGGUCAGAGUGGUCAGAGUGAAUGAUUUCUCAUAAUUUGGGUUUAGAGGAUUUGAGGAGGGGAAAAUUCCUGGGCUUAGUAUCUGGAAGAAUCUAUACUUUUAAACUUUUUUUUUUUUUUUUUUAAUGUAAGCUCUAUGCCCUAAGUGGGGCUCAAACUCACAAUCCCAAGUUCAAGAGUUGCAAGCUCUACCAACUGAGCCAGCCAGGUGCCCCUACUUUUAAACUUUUGUUGUAUUUUUUGGUUUGAAAGGGACUGGUAAAACUUGUAUGGGUAAGUUUAAAAAAAUUGGCACCUGAUAACUACUAGUACUUUUUUUCUUUUUUUAAAAUACUAACUCUAAUUUGUCAAUUAUACAUCAAAAAAGCUGAAAAAAUACUGACUUUAGUCUUGAAUUUUGAUGUUUUGUCUGUCUUAUGUCAUAGACAAACACUAAUUAAUGUUAUUACAGGAAUCAAUAUCCCAGUUUUAAUUUCUUUUAAUUCCAUUUAUUUUUAGAAAGUUUUGUCCAUUUUUGUAACAAAGCAGGUACUUCUUUUGAGUAUGUCUGUUAUGUAAACUUGAAGUUUGAUUCCCCUCUAUUUUCUUGGAGUUGGCAUACUUUCUUUCAUUUUUUUAUUAAAAAUUUUUUUUUUUUAAUUUUAUGUAGGCUCCACACCCAGUGUGGGGCUUGAACCUAUGACCCUGAGAUCAAGAGUUGCAUUUUCUACUGAUGGAACCAGCCAGGUGCCCCAGUUUGGUAUACUUUCUUAGGGUGAAGGGAAGGCAACUUGUACUAAGCCCUUUUUAUAUUGAAUACUUGCAAGUUGCUCACAUUCUUUUGUGUACAAUAACCAAUAAACCUGUUGUGCUACUGGAUUAUCUCUUUUCUUCAUUAGGUCACAGUAGGAAUAAGGUGGAAUAUGUAUAGAUUUCUAGGUCUAGAGCCCAGCCUAAAAAUGUAUAAGUUGACUCCCAUACAGGACUCUAUUAUUUAUUGUACUUAUGGGAAACUUUGGGACAACCUACAAUUAGGAACAUCCUUGUCUGCACUAGCCGAUUCUGAGUGCACUGAAAAAAUAGCUGUGCCUUUCCAAACUCCAGGAUGCAGAUCUAGUCUAAACUAAAGUUGAGGGCGGGUCCAAGAGCAGUCAGCUCAUCCGUGCAGUUGUGGUGUCUCACUUUGUCCUUAGUUUAGAAGGUCACUUGGGGCCAAGGUGGUUUGUGGUUCAUCUUGGGUGAAUACAUUUCAGGUUGAGCCCAGAAUGUGGUUAAUCUUGGCUUACUCUGGAAGGGGCAUGAAUUCUUGUGAAAUUUCUAGAGUUGAUUUAACUUCCUAUGGAACCAUUACAUUAUCAUACACAACAUAUAUACAUAAAGGCUACAAAGAAAAACAAAAUAGGGGCACCUGGGUGGCUCAGUCGUUAAGCCUCUGCCUUCAGUUCGGGUCAUGAUUCCAGGGUCCUGGGAUCGAGCCCCGCAUCGGGCUUCCUACUCAGCGGGAAGCCUGCUUCUCCCUCUCCCACUCCCCCUGCUUGUGUUCCUUCUCUCGCUGUGUCUCUCUCUGUCAAAUAAAUAAAAUAAAAUCUUAAAAAAAAAAAAAAAAAGAAAAACAAAAUAUUCUUCAUAUUCAAAAAAGGAAUUCUUGUUUCAUUAGGUAUGUUGGCUAUAUUUGAGAAUAUAGGGUGCUGGGUGGCUCAGUUGGUUAAGCAACUGACUCUUGAUAUCAGCUCAGGUCUUGAUCUCACAGUUGUGAGUUCAAGCCCCACGUUGGGCUCCACGCUGGGCAUGGAGCCUACUUAAACAACAACAACAACAACAACACAAAAAAAAGAAAUAAAAACCACUGGACUGUGUUAGGCCUUUGCUGUGCUGCUCAAUAUGGUAGGCACUAGUCAUGUGUAGCUAUUUAAAUUUAAAAUUAAAUUAAUUAAAAUUAGAAAUUCAAUUCCUCAUUUGCACUUGCCGUAUUUCCAGUACUCAAUAGUCCCAUGUGCCCAGAGGCUAUGUAGUAUUGAAUGUCACAGGUGAAGAACAUUUCUAUUGUUUGAGAAAGUUCUUUUGGACAGUGCUAGUUGAGAGGUACUUUGAUUCCCAGAACUAAAUGAGCCUUUUGGGUUUCUUCACAGUAUUUUCUCAGUGAAACACUCAUAUACCUGGGCUCCAUAUCCUCAUUCUAGGCUGGAGUGCCAACCUAAACCCCAUGUAUGCACCCAGCUCCUACCAUGAAGUUCUGUUUUAGCUAGAGUGAAAAAUUCAUGCAUUGUUCAAGCCCUGUUGCUGGUACUCUGUGCGAUUAUGCAGACUUCUUUUCUAAAUUUUGCCCAGAAUUUUGGGAAAUCCUAGGUUCUUGUCCCAAUCCACCACUGAGUUCUUUUUUUUUUUUUUUUAAAGAUUUUA